AGAAAUACGUUGCUUGCUGAUCUCUAAAUAGUAAGGAGUCCAGUAGCACCUUUCAGACUAACCAACUUACUGUAGCAUAAGCUUUCGAGAGCCACAGCUCUCUUCGUCCGAUGCAGGGGAGUUAGCCAGCCGGGUUAGUCUGGAUGGGUUAUGUCUGCCUCCCGAGGAAGGGAGGCAGAGAACAAUUCUCUGAAGAACAGCGCGGUGUUGCGAGAAGGUUUGCGCAGGCACCAAAGUGCUCGAGAAAGGUCUGGGAUCCUUGCCACGUGCUGCUGGAUUCCAGUUUAGUUUUGCUGCUGCAAACGACUCUUCUGUAGACCGUCUCUUUGGAGAAGUGCAUUUUAAGAGGAUUUUAAAAUGUCUGGUGGCGCUCAUGAGGCAUUAAUUCAAGAGGAAAACAAAGAAAUAUUGGAACAAAAAAGUAACGUUUCAGUCUCUGUCACAGAAACAUACAAGGAAACACACAAUGAAACAGCAAAACUUGUACGAUCACAACAUGAAAAGCAAGUUUCUGAAUGCUCCAGCGAUGGACAGGAAGGGGCCCUGGCCGCUUCAGGCCAUCUGCUGAAUGAGGAAACGUCUUGUGGAAACAUAACUGAAAUUGUUCCUGGUGAAUGCAGUGAGGCUGUGAGCCUUGAACCAGAACCUGAAGCACUGAAUGAACAGAGUGGCCCUGAUGUGGAUUCACCGCCUAAAGGGAGUAGAUGGACAACCUGGGGGUCGUGGGGCAGGUCGCUGCUUUCAACAGCAUCAGCCACAGUUGGGCAAGGAUUCACAGCGGUUAAGGAAAAAGCAGCUACGCUUGGGCUUAAUGGACCUUCUCCUGGUCUCUCCGAUGACCCUCCUUUUGACACAGAUGAAAGCUCCGUCACAGACUCUGAGGAGAUCAUACAUGAAACCUCUUUGGACAACAUGCUGUCGUCUUCAUCUCCUUCAGGAUCAAAUGGAAUGUUUUCUACCCUCUCAAGUGCAGUACAAAAUACUGGCAAGAGUGUCUUAACUGGUGGACUUGGUGCUUUGGAAUUCAUUGGCAAGAAAACCAUGAAUGUCCUGGCAGAAAGCGAUCCUGGAUUUAAGAAGACCAAAACUCUGAUGGAAAGAACGGUUUCCUUGUCUCAGCUCUUGCGAGAAGCUAAAGAGAAAGAGAAACAGAGACUAGCCCAGCAAGUCUCAUUGGGAAGGACAGCACACUACGGGCUGCUUUUUGAUGAGUUUCAAGGUCUGUCUCAUCUGGAAGCUCUGGAAAUUCUGUCUAAUGAAAGUGAAGCCAAGAUACAGUCAUAUUUAGCCUCUCUUGAACUCGAGGAGUUGGAAACAAUCAAAAAUGGUUUGAUUGCUAUUAAGGCCAUCUUCCUUUCACAAGAAUCAAAUAAUGAAGGUGAUGAAACAAAAACAGUAGCAGCAGACAUGGGAGAUGAGUUUGUAACCAAAGUUACAGAAAUGCUGUUUGAACUACAUAUGGCAGCCACCCCUGACAAGCUUAACAAGGCUCGAAAGAAAGCUUAUGAUUGCUUGGAAGAAGCCAGCCCCCCCGCCUCUGGAGAAAUGGAGGAGAAUCCAGGGGAGAAAACUGAAGGAGAAGGAGAAAAAGGAAAUGAAGAAAAGCCUCAAAGAGAAGAAUCUAGAAAUAGAGAAGGGAAGAAAACCAAAACUAUAGAGGAAAUUUACAUGUUGUCUAUUGAAAGUCUUGCAGAGGUGACAGCCCGUUGCAUUGAGCAGCUCCACAAGCUGGCAGAAUUAAUUCUUCAUGACCAAGAAAUGGAAAAGCCAGCCUUGGAUCAGGCAAAAGUUCUAACCACUUUGACAAGUGCCAUGUGCAAUGAAGUGUCAUCACUAUCGACAAAAUUUUCUGAUUCUUUAACUGCAGUUGGGAGCAACAAAAAAGCAGAAGUCCUUAAUCCAAUGGUCAAUAGCGUACUAUUAGAGGGGUGCAACAGCACGGCUUACAUCCAGGAUGCUUUCCAGUUGUUGCUUCCAGUUCUCCAGAUCUCCCAUAUCCAGGCUCAUUGUUUGAAAUUGCAACAGUGACUGUCGCCCGUUUGGAAGAACCAUCAGCCCGAUCUCUUGGCUGCAUUUACAUUCCAAAAAGGAAGCUGAUAGGCCACCCAGGAGCCAUUUAAGAACACUAAAUGCAAUUUUGCACAUGCAAGACCAAGUAACACUUCAGUAUUUAAUUAGUACUCUUUAAAUGCAUUAUUAUUACAUCUUUUUUUCCAAUUCCUUGCAUUAAUUUAAGGUGAAAUCAUGUUUAUUACAAUUGUGUAUUUGCUUUAGUCAUUGCUGUAGUAAACAACUUACAUUCUAAUUUGAAAACUAGCCCUGGCCCGUUGCCUGCGACAUCAGAAAGGUGUUGCCUGCUACAGAAUAAGUAUCUCACGUGAGUCCACAGCUGGGUACUCCGCACAUGAAGCAUUUUCUUGCUGCUGCUGAAUCUGAGGAUAGAAGAGCCAGUAGAGUAAGAAAACUUUAAAAUCAGAGGGGGGCAAUUUGGUGUAGUGGUUAAGAGUGGCGGGACUCUAAUCUGGAGAACCGGGUUUGAUUCCCCAGUCCUUUACUUGAAGUCAGCUGGGUGACCUUGGGUCAGUCACAGCUUCUUGGAGCUCUCUCAGCCCCACUCACCUUACAGGGUGGUGGUUGUGAGGAUAACAACAACAUACUUUAUAAACUGCUCUGAGUGGGCAUUAAGUUGUCCUGAAGGGUGGUAUGUAAAUCAAAUGUUAUUGUUACUAUUAUCUAUCUUCUGCAUGCAGGUGAGGAGAGGGGAGGAGGAAUAUGGCAGGGAAUUGGGUUUUAUUUUUAUUACAGAUAAGUUCCUUAUUUUUAGACCAAAACACACUCAUUUUAGCUUGAACACAUGAAGCUCCCUUAUAGAUCAUGGAAUAAAUCACUGGCCUGUCAAGCUAAGUGCUGCCUUCUCUCGGGUACGCUCUUUCCCAUCACCUGCUACCGGAUCCUUUUAGAGCUGCCAGGGAUUGUGGCCCUUCUACAUGCAAAGCGGAGGCUCUGCCACUACUGCACUUUGGCCCUAUACAAAAUGUAAGCGCAAAUAUAGCCAAAAAUGUCUUUGUCAUCACAAUAUCAUGAACUACUAACAGUGUUCCCUUGACAGAUGAUCCACAAGAAAAGCCACAGGUCAUUUAUGUUGUUCAGAGACUGGCAUGAAUCAGUGGUAUCAUUUGGUCAUCUCCCCCCUGAUCUCUGGGGGUCAAAGAGAGGGCACCGCAGUGGCCCCUGCACUUCCUGGUUUAGUCCCGACUUCCACUACCACCACCUAAUAGUGGUCACCAGUAUGUGAGGGGCCACCAAGUGACAGGCUCCCCUCAUCCCCACACACACUUCUGUUGCUGCUGUGCACUUCAGGGUUUUGCUGUGGGACGUAGUGUAAUGAGGCCUCCAUAUGCCCUUAAAAUUAAUAUUUUGCUAAACCGUUUAUUUAGAUCAGAAAGUUGUAGCUCCAGUUUCAAGAAGGGAUCGUUAAGAAAAUGAAAUGGCUUACUAGACAUUGUGUAAUAUUGAGCCUUUCAUUAAUCUCAUUUAAUAAGAACUAUCAUUUGUUAAAAUAUAAAAUAGAAUUCUUGUACGCUGACUUUAUGAGCUCCUGCAGUACAGAACAGAGUUAAUCCUCCGAAGGAACUACCAGAAAGAGCCUUAAUUGGGGUGAUCUUUUAACUAAAGGUUGUGCGGGAAUAUGUUGUACAUCUUGGGAUGUAAGAGAACCCUUUAAAACAGUGGAUUGCUUAUUUGACGCAGUUCCUACUACAGAUUUAGCCCAAAAGGCGUAAAUGAUGUAUGAAGUAGGUUAGUGCUUUGUUCUUUAGGGAAAUAAAUAAGAGAGCUGCUACUCAAUUAAAUGCAGAGCAAACCCUUACUAUUUGAUACCUAAAACACAGUUCUUAUUACACUGUAAACUAUACAGUCUGGGUAAUGGAUAUGAAUUAAAAUCAACCAGCUAAUGUGUAUCACUGUGUCAUAGUGUGAAAAAUAACAUUCUUGAAAUGUAAGGACGGUGCAAUGUUGAAGAAUUUAGCAGUGCAACACUAAGAACAUUUUCACAGGGGAAAGCUCCGUUGAAUAGACUUGAGUAGGAUUCGGAGUAGACCUGCUUAGGACUGGUCCCACAUUUACUUAUUUAAGUAAUGCUGGAUUGGCCAAGCUUCAGAAUGUCUUCUUCCAUUUCUAUAGUUUGAGCUUGUAAAAUAAUCGGGGUUGGAAAUUAAAAGCCAAAGCCCCCCGCCCCCCGCCCCCAUGUAGAUGUCAAAAUAGUGUUCACCCGUGUUAAGAAGUCUGCUGUGGGACCACAUGGGACCACAUGUUCUGCAUUCUCUCACAGAUAAACAUUCCCUUCGCUACAGCCCCUCCGCCACCAGCUUCACCAUCAAUGCAGACCGUUGCCAACCCAGCUUAAAAUCUUCGGACUUCCAUGAACUCGCUAUAAGAAUCUUAUCUCAAACAGAACUUCCAAAGAGAGUUCGGGGAUUUCCACAGGCUUGUUCUAACAAUAACCUGAGCCGCAUCCACUCACCGCUGGAUUCUGUGCUAUCAUUGCACUUAUCAGCAGGGGUUCCCAGCCUUUUUGAGCCUGUGGGGCCACCUUUGGAGUUCUGACAUGGGGUGGGUGCAACCACAAAAUGGCCGCCACAGGAGCCGUAUACACAGAGGAAGUGUGCAGGAGAGAAGAGUUGGUAUUUUUAAAGAUGUACCGGGAAAGAGGAGCAAGAGAGAGUAAAACCAACACUGCAGUGGCAACUGCUGGAGAAAGGAGCUCUGACUCUCGAAAGCUUACACUCUGAAUUUGCAAAACUGAAUUUGGAUACCCAAAUGCAAACUCCAGAUCCCUGAACCUUAGUUUAUUUAAUGGUUGUACUGGGUCAAAGACAUAAUUUGGCUGAUUGGUACAGUGAAUACAGCUUUAAGGUAACUAGCAAAAUUCCUAUUUGUGUGAAUAAUUGUUUUGGGAGAAAAUAAUUCUUUUUCUUACUAUCCCAACUUUGCCUUCUGUUUUUGGCCUUUGUUCAUGGUUUAUUUCUUGAGGAGUGAACUUCUAAAGUAAUAUCUGAACAGCUGUUCAUUUUUGCAUGCAGAUUUUGUCCUAAACUUUUUAAAUUUGGAAAUCUUGCUUUAUGGAAGCAAUUUUGAAUUUGUUUUAUGGAAAAACCAGGUGUUUGCUUAUUCACUAAUGUUUUAUUUUGAACCUUAACUAUUCCUAUUUACAUACUCCAGAACAGAUCUUGUGCAACUCCUGUUCACUUUCGUAGAGAUUCUGCUGAAGAGGGUUCCAGCAGGUUUUAGCCUUGGUUCGCUUUGCUUUUUUAACACAUUAAUUGGCUCAACCUACACAUCAAGAAGAAAUAUUAACGAAUACUGAGAGAGAGCCAGUUUGGUGUAGUGGUUAAGAGUGGCGGGACUCUAAUCUGGAGGGCCAGGUUUGAUUCCCCACUCCUCCACUUGAAGCCAUCUGGGUGGCCUUGGGACAGCCACAGCUCUCCGGAGCUCUCUCAGCCCUACCCACCUCACAGGGUGGUUGUUGUGAGGAUAAUAAUAACAUACUUUGUAAAUUGCUCUGAGUGGAUGUUAAGUUGUCCUGAAGGGCAGUAUAUAAAUCGAAUAUUGUUGUUGUUGUUUAGAAGAAUUUGGGGCUGGCCUUAAUGCUAAAUAAUGCUACCUAGGUGUGUAGUGCAGGGAGUAUAAAAGGCAGUGAAAUAGACAAAUGGCAGGAAUGUUUGAGUAAUCCCCAACAGGUUGGAAUAAUUUGGGCUUUGAAGACUACUCUGAAGUGUUGUGGACUCUACCCUUUCUUAUAAACAAUCUCUGUUAGAGGGUGGUGGUACUAGAUGAGUGCUAUAAACCGUCUUUUUCUUGCAGUCCGAGGCCAGACAAAAGACAGGUGGGGAAUGAAGAUAUUCUUUAGUAAACCCAGAUACUAUCUCUAGAGAGGUUUUUACUACUGUAAAAAGGACUGACCAAGCUUCUGCCUCCUGGAAACAACAGGAGUUAUGGAAAGAAUUAACAGUUUGAUGGUGGAGGGAAUAAGUCCCCAAAAUCGCAGAGGAAGCUAUCAAAGACUACAGGAGGUCCCUGGGCCACAUGUUAGGUGUGAAUUAAGGAGAAGAGAAACCUAAUUCCAGGGAUCAGGACUCACUAAUAACCGUGGCAGGGAGAGUCACAGACCCAGUAGAGGACCCAGCUAAGGAAAUGGAAGGAAGGCAGCUCCCUCUAAAUAGAACUAGUCAGAAUAAGGGCCAAACUAUGCAAUACAAUUGUUAACCAGUCAGGUCCUGGGAAUGAUUGGAGGCCAUACUGUUUGUGAUUUUUUAAAUACCGGUGUUGUUGUCAUGUGACUUUUCCCGAAUCCAAAUAGCUUGAGGGGAGUUGCCCCAGUUUACAAAGCGGGGCAAAUAACUCCCUCCCAGGGCACGAGUGUAGGGGAAAGCAAGAGUUCUUGCUCUCAUUGCGCGAUGGUCCCCCUGAGCCAUUCCCUGCAGCAGCUGUGUGGCUACAGGGAAAACAUGUCAGGCACCGCUUCUUAAAAAUGGCCUCCUGUCACGGGGUCCUGAGCCCCAGGAGCCCCAGCGUCCCACAGUGGGAGGAAAGGUGCGCUGCUGAUACCUGCCUGGGGAUCCUUAGUCCCUCCUGUUCAUCCUAAGGAACACCAUCCGUGUCAGAAGUGUAUUAGAGGAGUCAUGCGGAGCUUCAGUAUCACUCAUUUUGAAAAAGAAUUAACAGAUUUGCUUUUCUUAUGUUAUUUACGUUAUUCAUAUAUAAAAGCUCUCCUUCAUGCCUUAUGUUCACCAUACUACAGCACGGACAAUUGUUAAGCAUUUUUAAAAGGAAAUUCUCGUUACUUAAGUAACAGAUCACCUGCCAAAAUGAGUAAACUGUUUUAUACUAACAUGUAAAACCAAACAUUUCCUUUUCUGCUUGUAAUAAAUUAUUGGAAGCUCUACUGUUUGUGACUUUUUAAAAAUUAGUGCUGUUUUCCAAAUGUGUUUCAAUAAAAACUUCAGUGCUGUCAAAA